CGAGACGCCACAGUCGCAUCUAUGGAGCGCUCCUGCCGCCUGUUCUACUAUUGCAUGAAAUUAAAGUGUAAUAUGACAUAGAAGCAAGACGCCCUGGCACUUCAAAAGGAAAACAAACCUUGCAGUCUACACCUCAACACUCGCGACUUUCCAAGGAUACCGAAUUGAAACUUUUACAAGAUACCCCCCUCCUCCUCCCCGCACAUUACACACACACACACACACACACACCGUUCCUCCACUUUGUAUCCGUUCGUGUAAAAUUCCCUCAGAGCUUUGCUGCUCAUUUUACUCCGGCGGCUAGAUGGACGAGGAAGAAGCCGCAGAAAGGAUGCCUCCAGCCGGUGUCCGAACCCGGAAUCGCCCGCCGCAAGUGAUGCUGAACCAGAAAAAGAUCAAAGCGAGACGGAAAAAGCGAAAGGAGUUGGUUUUGAUCCAAAUAUGCUUGUUGGGAGGGAUGCUUCUCGUCGUCAAGGGCUUCUCCUACCUAGCAGAAAAUUCAGGUUAUGACACAUCCAGCCCCACUACGUAUGAUGAUGAGCGAUGGGGAGGCAGGAAGCUACUGCAGGAGGUGGACACAUUGGACAGUAAUAGCAGCAUGGAAGAGGACGAGGAAAAGAAAAACUGCACCGAACCAGCUUUGCACGAGUUCCCUACAGAUCUGUUUACCCACAGGGAGAGGACAGAAGGAGCUGUGGCCCUACACGUCCUGUGUGCCAUGUAUAUGUUCAUUGCCCUGGCCUUGGUUUGUGACGAUUACUUUGUCCCUUCGCUGGAGAAGAUAUGUGAGCGUCUUCAUCUCAGCGAGGAUGUAGCAGGGGCAACCUUUAUGGCAGCUGGAAGCUCCGCCCCUGAACUCUUCACCUCUGUCAUAGGGGUCUUCAUCACUAAAGGAGAUGUGGGUGUGGGGACCAUUGUGGGGUCAGCAGUCUUCAACAUCCUCUGCAUCAUCGGAGUGUGUGGAAUCUUUGCUGGCCAGGCUGUGAAGCUCUCCCAUUGGACACUACUCAGAGACUCCGCCUACUACACGCUCUCUAUCGCAGCCCUCAUUGCAUUUAUCUACGACGGGGAGGUUACGUGGUGGGAGUCUCUAGUUCUGAACGUGAUGUACCUCUUCUACAUUCUAAUCAUGAAGUUUAACGGCAGAGCGAGGCGCUACUUUGACCGACGGAAGAAGAGCUCCGUGAGUCUGGCCAACGGUCUGACGGGCAGCACUGACCUGGAGGACAACGUCACCUGUGACGCCACAGCCGUCCUGCUCAAGAAAGCUAACUUCCAGUGUAAGCCCAGUGUGCUGAUGGUGGAUGAGCUACUGUCAGCCUACCCCCACCAGCUGUCCUUCUCUGAGGCUGGCAUGAGGAUCAUGAUCACCAGUCACUUCUCCCCCAGGACACGAUUAACCAUGGCUUCACGCAUGCUCAUCAAUGAGAGACAGAGGGUGAUCAACACCAGUGAGACCAGAGUCAACCAACACAUCACCAACGGAGACUCAGACUCUGCAGCCGCCAGGGCUCCAGAGAGGCGGGGUCUGGAGAACGGCAGGACGGGCAGGGCUGAGACAGGGCUGAACGGGAGAUGCCUAGGUCAGGGGGUCCUGGAGUCGGGGAAUGAGACGGAAAACGAGAACGAGGAUAAUGAGAAUAAUGAGAACGACGGAGGAGAGGAGAAAGAGGACGAGAACGAAGGACCUCUGGUCCCUCACAGACCACCAGGUGUGUGAUCGUGUUAUAUGUCUAUAUUCUUUAUUCUAUGUUUUACAUAUUUCAAUUCACUGACGCUCAUUUUCUCUCUUCCAAUCCCCUUCUCUUUGUCUCUGUCUCUCUCUCUCUCUGUCUCUCUCUCUC